AUGCCAUUUAAGAUGAUGCUGCAGAGGAAAUGCGCUUGCCAAUGCCAACUUACGCAUGCACAAUCAUAUCAUAGCUUACUUACUUCUUGGACACGCCAAACACUAGCAGCAUCAAUAAUUUAUUCACAAAUUCUUUAUUCCGUGAUUCAAACAGAAGCAGAAAGCAGUAAAGGUGCAUAA